AUGAUGUUGUUGUCAAAAUCUGCUCCUUCACGGAGUGUUGAGUUCGACUUCGCCUGUAGAGGGCAUGAAAAAACGAUAGCGUCAGCAAAAUUUUCCAACGAUGGCUCCAGAGUCGCAAGUGUAUCUGGGGAUAAAACUUGUCGAAUCUGGUCCACGAAAACAGGUAUAUUGGCUCAAAUUCUUGUAGGUCAUUCCGGAGGCUUGUGCGACUUUACCUGGAGUAGUGACGAUAAAAUUAUUGCUACUGCAUCAGAUGAUACUUUUCUCAUGCUUUGGGACUCUUUGACAGGCAAAUGCAUUCGUUUACUGGCAGGUCAUGAAUGUUCUGUCACUUGCUGUGCUUUUAAUUUACCGAGUAGUAACGUGCUCGCAAGUGGUUCUUCGGAUGAAACUUUACGUUUAUGGGAUAUUAAAAAUGGGAAAUGUAUGCUAAUUAUACCAGCUCACGCCGACCCCAUUUCUAGUAUUUGUUUCAGUGCGGAUGGGAGCAUAAUCAUAACUGGAAGCUAUGACGGAAGUUGUCGCUUUUGGGAUAAACAUAGUGGAGCUUGCCUUAAGUCUCUUUCAGUUUCAGAAGAUAAAGCAAUACCCAUAUCAUUCCUUUGUUGCACACCCAAUCCAUCAUACAUAUUGCUUGGUACUUUGUCUGAUUCUAUUAUGUUGAUUGAUAUAAAUUCAGGUAGAAGUGUGAAGAAAUAUAGAUCCCAUAUGAACAGAGAAUUUUGCUUGCCUAGUUCCUACGUGAAAAUCAAGGAAGCUGAAUUGAUUGUGUGUGGUUCGGAAAACGGACACCUUUAUUUGUGGGAUUCGAAUUCUCAACAACUUUUAUGUUCUAUUCCGGUGAAAAGAAUUCAUGAAGAAUCAUCUAACUUAGCUGUGGCAGUCAACAUUAGUAGAAACAGGAAUUCUAUAGUUUCUUUCUUUUUAAAGAAUGACAUAGAUCAUGAAUUGAAACUAUGGCGGUUUUCUGAGCGUAAGUGA